GGGACCUGCGCGCGACGCCGCGAGCCGCGCGCGUAGAGACAGAGACAGACAGGGGGAGACAGAGACACAUACAGAGACAGACAGACAGACAGAGGCAGACAGGGGGAGACAGAGACAUAUACAGAGACAGAGACACAUACAGAGACAGACAGGGGGAGACACAUACAGAGGCAGACAGACAGAGACAGACAGACAGGGGGAGACAGUCAGAGAAAGACAGACAGGGGGAGACAGACAGAGACAUACAGAGACAGACAGGGGGAGACAGAGACACAUACAGAGGCAGACAGACAGACAGAGACAGACAGACAGAGACAGACAGACAGACAGGGGGAGACAGAGGCAGACACACAGAGACAGACAGAAACAGACAGACAGACAGAGGCAGGCAGACAGGGACACAUAGAGAGGCAGACAGACAGAUGUGGGGGUGACAGAGGCCACCGCCUUCCCCCCAUCUCUCUCAUCCCUGACUCCUGGCGGUAACGCCACCAUCACCACCACCACUCAUCCGCCUACUUUCUCGCUGUCUCUCCCCACCAAGGGGCCAUCCAUUUAGUACGCACGCAAAAAUCUGUUAAAACUUGACCCCUCACUGUUUUUUUUACGAUCAGAGGAAAAAAUAAUUAAUCUUCUUGGUUCUUUCGGUAAAGUCACGUAGAAGGGAAAUAAUAAAAUAAUUAAAAUAAAACAUAAUAAAAUACAAUACAAAUACAAAGGAAACAAGAAGAUGCUCGGUGUAGUCGGCAUUUGGCUUCGUUCAUUAUUUAGUUUGUUUUGUCAAUGCUUUAUGUGCCCCUCCCCCCGCCCUUUUUAAAUGAAAGAUUUCACAAAAUAUUUUACGCUCUGCUCUCCUUCUCACCCCUUCCCUCUCUCUACCCCCCCCCCUCUCUCUACCCCCUCUCCCCCUCUAUGUCUAUGUUCCCCCUAUUUCCUAUGUAAUCUUUUUUUCCGACAAGUGCUGCAUCUGCACCCAGCCCUUCUCGCAGUCCUACGGCCUCCGACGGUAGCUCAUGCUGCAUGCAGAGCUCUCCGUCUUCUGGCACCGAGCACACGGCCUCCUCCAGCACCCACUGCUCAGAGGUGGCAAUCGGGUACCCGAUACUGUACCCUACCCGAUACCCGGCUACCCGUACCCGGCCGGGUAUGGAUACGGGUAGCCGUUUGCGACCCUGGUGCGGCCGGGUACGGGUAGGCCGUGAGUCACUGGAGAAGAUGACCGCAGCCGACGAGACGAAGCUGUCGUUCGUGGCAGGCGACUGGUUGACGAUGGCCCAGUCCGGUCCGGAGACGGCACCGCGGCCAUUGCUACCGCAGCAGCCGGAUCCGGCGCCGGUGCUGCUGCGGUGCGACCGGUGCCCGUACUCUGCGCCGGACGCCGGCUUCCUAGAGGUCCACCUGCGGGCCCACUCGCUGGAGCGGCCAUACGCAUGCUCCGAGUGCGGCAAGGGGUUCGCGCUCGCCACCCACCUGCGCAACCACCAGCGGACGCACACGGGUGAGCGGCCGCACGCCUGCGACGAGUGCGGCCGGCGGUUCGCGUGGACCGGCGGCCUACGGCGGCACCAGCUGGUACACACGGGUGAGCGGCCGCAUGCGUGCGACGAGUGCGGCAAGGCGUUCGCUCGCUCGGCCCACCUCCAGAACCACCGUAGGACCCACACGGGCGCGAAGCCGCACGUCUGCGCGGAGUGCGGCAAGGCCUUCACGUGGCCCGGCGCGCUGCUGCGCCACGGGAGGACGCACACGGGUGAGAGGCCGUACGUGUGCACCGUGUGCGAGAGGGCCUUCGCGCAGUCCGAUCACCUGCGCAACCACCAGCGGACGCACACGAGUGAGAGGCCGCACACCUGCUACGAGUGCGGCAAGGCCUUCUCCUGGCUCGGGGCGCUGCAGCGCCACCAGCGGAUACACUCGCGGGAUGGGAAAGGAAGGGCCGAGCUGGCGGGGGAGGCCGUGGGGACAGGUGAUCACCGCACUGGUGCCGCUGUUCCUCCUGUUCCUCCUGUUCCUCCAUCGGAGCUGGUGCUGCAUUUACAGGGACAGCUGCCAUCGUGCGGUGACGUCACGCGGCCCAGGCAAAGAAGGAGUUGGCGCCUCGCGUCUGCCAGGGAGGAGAAAAAAACCCCAAAAAACGGAAAGAUGAAAGAAGAGACGAGGAUCUCGUGUCCUGUGUGCGGCUUGGUGCUGGUGAGCCAGCCUGUCCUCGAGGACCACAUCAAGCAACACGGCAGGUGGUCCAAACCCGCGAUGCACCAGUGCGAGGAGUGCCUGUAUAGCACCGACAACCAGAGCAGACUCAACAUCCACCUGAGGAUCCACACGGGUGAGAAGCCGUACGUGUGCACCGUCUGCGACAAAGCGUUCACGCAGUCGGGGGCGCUGCACAACCACCAGAGGACGCACACGGGCGAGAAGCCCUACAAGUGCACCAUGUGCGGCAAGGCGUUCACUCAGCUCGGAGCGCUGAACAACCACCUGAGAACCCACACGGGCGAAAAGCCCUACAAGUGCACCGUGUGCGGCAAGGCGUUCACCCAGUCGGGCGCCCUUCGUAACCACCAAAGGACGCACACGGGCGAGAAGCCCUACAAGUGUUCGGUGUGCGAGAAGGCGUUCACCCAGUCGGGGGCGCUCCACAACCACCAGAGGACCCACACGGGUGAGAAGCCCUACAAGUGUUCGGUUUGCGGCAAGGCCUUCACGCAGUCGGGGGCCCUGCACAGCCACCACAGGACCCACACGGGGGAGAAGCCUUUCAAGUGCUGUAUGUGCGGCAAGGCAUUCACCCAGUCCGAAAACCUGCACAAGCAUCAAAUCACCCACACCAGUCUCCUGUUCACGACCUUAAACUUCACAACUCACGCAAUCAAGAAUUAGGUUAAAAAAAAUUACAAGCCGUGAAGGGGGCACGUGACAAUUAUUUGAGAUUUAAAACAAAUUAUAGUUCGAGAUCUAAUAAUAGGAAGGAAAUUCGUCUCGUCAAGAAAUUCAACGUGACAGUUAAAGCAGAGGUUGGGCAUCUUCAAGCUCUGACAUUUGGAAGGAAAACAUAAAAGGCGACAUUUAAUAUUUUCGGGAAGGAGAAAUAUGUUAUCGGAACGUUUCUGAAUGUUUUCCAAGAACGUGGGAAUGUUGCAACCAAGAAUUGUAUUGAAUGGCCCGAUGAUGCAGACUGGAGACCCGGAGUAAACAUUCUCAGGUUUGGUUUGCGAACUUUGCUCGAUGUUUCACCAAACCUUGAAUUAACGAGGCAGAUGGGUAGGGCUCCAGCUUGGAGCAAUUCUUCCAGCUUAGUUUUGGCUAAAACAAAGUGGCGGCAACCGACAUCUCGAUUGAAACGCACCUAUUGUGGAAAGCAUUUGCUGUCGAUUUCAAUUCAAAACUAUUACUCACGUGAUGGGAUUCUGCACGAACAGCGCACAUACCAUGCUGGCCAUUGGAGCAUGUGAUUGCCUCUUUUUAACUGACAAGUUGUUUCCCAUUUUUUAAAACACUUAUUGGGAAAACCUUAAAAAGUCUACAUCUUUAACACUCGUAACUGGCUGGCGAUGAGAAUUUCAUAAGGCACAGCCUUAGUUUCCUUUCCGCUGUUUGAUGCCAAAUAGCGGUAAUCCUUGCAGGUGCGUGGAGUCUUUUGGGAACACAGACAUCGCAAAUAGUUGCGAUCGAUGGGCGUCGAUUCACGUGGCCAUGUGGACCGCUGACAGAGGAAGGACUACGAAGAUUCUCCAACGUCCUUACCCGCACCGAGUCGGAAGACUAAUUUCGCAGGAGGGUCUUGCUGUGGGAGGAAACGGGGGAAAACCCACCUGUACAAGAGGUGAAUGCUCAAACUUCAGAGAACACAUGCUCAAGAGGAUGUGAAAAUUCGGCAGACGAUUUCAAUCUUGCAAGACGUCUCCACAGCAGUGUCUCUCUGCUUAAACGUUUUACGGGAUAGCACUCGGCUCCAUUUGAGUGACUAUCUUAACAAUGACCAGAGUGCUGGGCGGCUAAGUUGGCACAGUCGGAACUGGAGUGUCUCCCGUUGUCUUUGUCUCCCCGCUAUCGCCCUUCACUCUUUCUUCCUCGCACAGUCGAUGGAAAGUCCACAUAGGGUCAAUCACUGUUGAGUUCCCACACAGUAAUAAUUUUGUUAUCUCUGGAAGCACGCGACGGACUGCGCUUGUUUUCCGGUCGGGAAUUGACCUUAGGAGCCCACUGAGCUAUGUAGUUCUUUUUCAGAAGCGACCUGGCCACAAAUGAUAGUGCAACGAAGUGGGCUUAUCACGUUGAAAUUUAUGGCAGCAGCCAAAUAUUCUUAACGCACAUUUUUUAAUGUGCAAGGAAAAACCGGAGUGCCCGGUGCAAAAUCCACACGGCUACGGAAAGAACAUAUACAGGCGUCAGGGUUAGGAUCUAAUCCACGACCUCCUGUAUACCAGGCGAGGUAGUAACAUCUCGUCACCAGGCCAGUGCAAGAAGUGAGUUGCAGACAGUCUGGAUAAAGAUUAAAACCCGGGGUUAAUAUGCAUAGCUAAGCAGUCACCUGGGCAUGAAACCAAUGUAGAACAAAAUAGGUGUUUGGAGGAUGCAGUGGCUGCAUUCCGUGGGCACUGAUCAAUCAUUUGUUGAACCGAAUGGGCAGAACAGACUGCAAGGCAAACGAUAUAUACGUGUGAACACUGGGCAGGAUUAUUAAAUUCAACUCCUGAAUUUGCCUAAAGCAGUGCAUGGCUAGAAUCAGUUCUGACAACCACGGUGGAUUUCCAAAUCGAAUCGCAACAUCAACAAAUCCUGAUGCUUUAUCAAAAUCGUAACCUGGUGGGGGCUGGCAGGGUAGCCGUGGCGGGAUGAUUACACGUCUAGUUUAUACUGCGGAGAAAACCCACGGGAAAGAGACAAUUUCUUGGAGAAAAUCUUGAGUGGCAGAGAAUCACUCUGCGAUGGUAGAGAAAAGCCACUCGUGGAAAGAGAGUACCCAAGAGGUUCGAGAACACCCAUGUGCGUGCGUGCAUGUAUCUUGAGAGAAGGACUGUUGAGCUCCUGACAAACUCUUAAUGGGCUAGGAGACGCUCACAAUCUACGGAGGAAUUGCAGUGAAUUUCCUCAACAGAGUGCGUAGACGUGUCGUAUAGGCAAUACCUGAUGCGGGGAAACCCCAGAGAGAGUGAGCCCCUGGCCUGUCACAGACGAGACCUUUCUCGGCUCUCUCCACCAAGCAAUCGCCAAAUUCAAAUCCACCGCCUUCUGUAAAUGGAUGAGGAUGGGUCGGGGUGGAAAAAAAAUAGUGCAGCAGGCUGGAGACAAAUGGGUUUCCCCAGAGCUCAAGGCACUGGUGAACUUUGAUGACUGCAGCAGUGAUGAGCCUUAAGAAGAAAGAAACUGGACUAUAGUUGUCCAUUUUAUUGCUGCCAAAUUGGGAGGGCUUCAUGUUCAACUCUUCGAGCCACACACUUGGUUAAAAGCCACAUGUUUAGCUUUUCAGCUGGCUGGUCUAGACAUGGCUGAGAACAUAAUUCAAUGGGGUGGUCACAUGACACGCCCGCAAGUCGUAUUGGGAGUCGCGCCUUCCAGCUUGUUUCGAAAGCACACCUUUGCGCGUCUUUUAAAAACGAUCGGAUUCUUCUCCCAAUUUCUGGAAAAAAACACAAUGGCAACCAAACAAUUUGGAUGUAUAAGUACCCUUUGAGUGGGACAGCAUGCUGCAAGGAAAACAUGUUCAUUGAAACAAAAAGAGAGCGGUCACCCUGCCAACAAACCCAUGACAGGGCCUGGAAGAACCUCACCAUCACCGUGUAAGAGGUGAACACUGGAGUGCUUCUUGACAUAUGGAAGAAGAGCUCGGAGAUCCUGGAGAAAUCACCAGCGCGCAAGAGGAAACAACAAACACUGGUGGAGGAAAACCCACACGGACGAGAGGAUGUCCGAGCCGUAGCGGAUUUGCACACCCCACCCCACGGUGUAGAGGUUCGUGGUUUGAACCUGCAACCGCCUUGGUUAAUACUGUCGACAUUAAGCUGAAAUCCAUGCUGUCGGCUUCACAGUGGACAUCGGAGACAACCUGUGACUUAAUUCGAAAAAGAGCAGGCCACGUGUGUGUGUGCCAGCGUCACGAUCCAAAUUUAGAGCGGUGACUCAAUGGUUGACCCAACUGGGCAGAAUAAACAUGUGGCAGCAGCGCGCCUAUUUUACCGGCAGACUUUACUUGUACGCGAAAUGCGGCGCCUCCGUGAUAGGCCUUCUGUGAUGAGAAAUUGGCGCGAAAUACCAAAUGUGAUGACGAUCGGUUAAAUUACACUCUCGCUCUGGCACCGGAGCUAAUGCAGCAAAGUCUAGAUUUGUGGUCGCGCGUGGAGACGCGUGCCAUGUCUCGAGAUUCUGCAACAAAUGUGAGUGUAUCGUGUGUGCAGUAUAUUUUUUACGAUGAGGUGCGGCCGGAAACUUCAUGGAGAAGUUUGGUCAUAGGCAGAAGAGAAGAGAAAAUGGGGAUGGUAGGAGGAAGCGAGCUCCUGAACCACGGAGGGGGAAUUGUAGGUCCAUGAGGUCAACCGAAGAGUAGGAGCGCCCAUUCCCUUUGAAAAGAGACUGACUUUAGGUGUUAACGGAACAUUCACAACUCCGGGGGAAGAUAGACCCGCCGAGCUCCUGGGUAGGAAUUGAAGCAAGCUGCCCGUGAUAACACUGGUUUUCUCAAGUGUUAGUGAGUGGAUAGUCUCAACCUGGUGACCUAUGAGCGCACAAAAAAAACCGCAAGAACAUUAAGUGAGUUGACUGAAUUCCAGCUUCCCGGUCAGUGAAAAUAUUGGUUUGGCUGGAAUGCGACAAACAUUCUCAGUGGCAAAGCAGGUGGGAAAGUGCUGUCGCCAAAUUGUUUGGAUCAGAUGUCAUUUGAAUGGAUUUCAUGAGGUAGCUCUGUUAUAUCCGCUUCUGUGGGCUGGAAGCAGGAGUCACGUGAAGGGUUUUUACUGGCAACUGUGAGAGACGAUCUGCGUGCGUGGAUUAUUUCGUCUCACGAUGCCGAUGGCAUCCGAUCGGGAUGAACUGGGGGGUCGGAAAAGACUUAAAAAAAAAUGAAAGGCCGGCAUAAUAGAAGAGGGCACUUGCACCCUUGGGUGAAUGCCGCGUAUGAUUACAUUUUCUUCAGUUUUUACUGAAAACAUCGACAACCGUGGAAUCCCGUUCCAAGAUCAGCGUGCGUGUAAAGAGCGUCCUCUCGUUAACCGCGCGGUAAACCUUUGUGAAGCACGUGCCACGUGGCAGCACGUGGCAGCACGCGCCGGCGUGAAAUCUGUUCCAUUGUAGACCUGAGCUCUUCACAGCCACACAAGGUGGCUUUUUCUUUCACUGGUAACAAGACACAAAGGAAGCCCAGCGCCAGGGCUCAAACCUAGGUUCUCAACAGUGAGCGCCUUGAUGUUGUAUGACGGACAUCAUUUUAGCAAUUCAUCUUAUCUCAUAUAGAGUAUGUAUAUAUAAUUCAAUACAGUAUAAUAUCACAAAGUGUGUUGUGCUAUGCUUGCAGUAUAAUCACUUGCUAGACUCGAAUUGAGCAGUGUCCUGCAUUGGGUUGUUUGGCCAAAAUCCUCUUUGCAAGAUUGUUUUUGCAUCUGGAAUUACACCCGAAGUGGCCACAUAGAAGAACCAAUUGUAAACCUGAGAAGUCCCACACGUGGAGACAUCUCUUACGGAGGGGGGGCGUACAGACGAGCCUGCGGGAAAACCUGUCUCGUUGCUCCGCCAAUGCAGAUUAAUCUAGGGCUCUUAUAUGGUUGAAAGCAACUCCUGGUGGUGCCACAUCUGGGACAGAUGACGCAUCAUGGACAAUGAACAAAGCUCGUGGGAGACUGCACCCCAAUGCUACUGGCAGAACGUAUUGCUAGUAGGGAGACUGGUGAUGGAGCUGUAUAUUUGCGCAUGUGUGUAUGUGUGUGCGUAUGCAGUUGAGCUGUAGUAUAGUGGUUUGUGCUUUACUAUGAACCCAGUAGCUAUAGAGUAAGAUUCUCGGCCACAGCUAACGCACAGUGUCCUAAAAGUGCCCUGCGUUCAGGAAGACUUGAACACAGUUUGACCAGGUGUAAGGCCCAGGACUAUGCAACGUAGUAGCUCUUUUUAAGAAGCGACCUGGCUAUCACAAAUGAUAGCUCGCAAAGUGGCUUAUCAUGUGUAAAUGUAUAGCAACUAAAUACUCUGAACGCAUGUUGUUUAUUCUCAAUGUGGAGGGAAAAAUCGGAGGAGCCAGAGAAAAAUCCACGCGAUCACUGGGAGAGAGACACGCAAACUUCAAAUAUACAGCAAGCGUCAGGGUCGGGAUCGAACUCACGACCUGCAUACCAGGCGAGGGAGUUAACAUCGAGCCACGUCCGGAUGACCACACCAGUCAAUCCAGACCUAUCGAAGAGGGUGCCCAGGACCGGUUUAGAUAUCGCUUGGCACGGAUGUGAUGUGGUAAGCCUUGGCCGUGAAUCGAACUCGGGUGACCAGGUUCGUAGUGCAGUGAAGCUAUCGUGCCGCUGUAUUCGCUCUGUGUUGCCGUAUGUUGAACUUCUUUCGCACCGUAUGUAGCCAAACAUGCUCAUCGAAGGUGCGGGGGAAGGAUGAAUUCGCUCGUUUGAAACAUUAUAAUGUUCAGUAAACUCUUAAGUGAGAGGGCAGACAAUCGGGGUUAGGGUUGAGCAUAGAGGGUGGGUCCUAAGCUGAAGUUCUUGUCACGUACUACCCACGUGACCCUGCGUCACGUUCCACACCAGUGGUGUGAACACGGACAGGUUACAACGUAAGGGCACGUGGAGUUCACUCGAAGCAAGUUAAAACCAGUAUCCAGUGUAACCCACCCACCCUUGCUCCCUGGUAUUGCACGUGUGUAUAGUUCAUCGUGGGGGGGGGGGGGCAUGAACCCGCUGUUGUGUGUGCGGUGUGGUUAAAAACUAAACUUUUAUUAUUUUACCAGGUAAGGCCCACUACUGAGCUAUGUAGCUCCUUUUCAGAAGCUACCUGGCCACAAAUUAUAGCCCAACGGAGUGGCUUUUUGUGUGGACCUUUAUAGCAGCCAAAUACUCUCAAUGCAUGUUCUAGAUGUGGAGGGGAAACCCGGAG